GGAAGUGGUUUCAGGGCCGGGAGCGGCGGUGCGCGCGCACGGGAGGAGCGAGCAGUGGCCUAGGAACAGACAUGGAUGUCCAGAAGGAUGUUCAGCCUCCAAAGCAGCAGCCAAUGAUUUACAUCUGUGGAGAAUGCCAUACAGAAAAUGAGAUAAAAUCCAGGGAUCCGAUCCGAUGCAGAGAAUGCGGAUACCGGAUAAUGUAUAAGAAGAGGACCAAGAGAUUGGUGGUUUUUGAUGCCCGUUGAAAUCUACAGAUUCAGAAAGACAUCUUGACUUGGAUUUGGUUUCUUCCACAGACAUUUUAAAUGGCCUAGUCCGUUUUUGCCUUCGCUUACCUUUGUGGAAAUAACCCUGUACUGUUUCGAUCUAAAAUUGUAAAUCAUUACCAGAAUAAAGAGUUUAUUAGCGGUG